UUGAAUAAAGUUGAACGUGUCGAACGAGGUGAAGUUACUGAUAAAGAUAAGGUAACCUUCCAACUAAGCAUUGAAGGAACAACAGACGAAGAUGCUAGCGUUGACUUAGCUGAAGAUUUGUUAGAGCAAGAAAAAUCAUCAACCCCACGAAUUCCUGUACCUGUUGCGCUUGGAAUAACAGUUGGAUGGAUAUUUGCUUGUGCUGGGCUAUUUAAAAUAUGGGAGCCCGAUUGGACUUACGCAGAAAGUUGUUAUUUUAUGUUUAUAAGUCUUUCCACGAUCGGUUUAGGAGAUGUGGCUGUGAAACGACGAGAUUUGAUGGUUCUAUGUUUUGUUUUUGUGAUUAUCGGUUUAUCACUAGUCAGUAUGUGCAUUGGUGUCAUACAGUCAGCUCUCGAAGAUCUCUAUAUGAAUAUUCUGUUAAAAAUGAUUGUUGAAUACCAGAAUAAAUUAUCUCAAGGCGAUACUCACGCAGGAGCAUCAAUGGGUAUGAUGCAUAUUUGGGGAGGGAAUAAAACUGCCAAGUUUUUGAUGCCAUUGCUCAGCAAAGAUAAACGAAAAACAGCAAUGGAGAAAGUACAAGAUGUAGCAGAAGCUAAAGGUAUGGAGAUACCAAAAAUAUUUUCUGAAAUUGAUGAAAAAACUGGAAUGCCAAAUGUUUUCUCGAUGAAUGAAAAAGAGGAAGCAUUGGAAGAAACAAUUAGACACGUAGAAAGAGAAGCUGAACUGGAGGCGAAACAGUCUUGUGCAAGCAUUUUAUCACGAAACAUUGUUAUGUAUGAUAGUGUUGCCCAAACUGACAAUCCGUACAUGGAAGAACGAUGCGAACAGACCGAACAGAUUACCACAGCAGACGCAAAUGUUGGUAACGAAAGUGACUCAAAAGAAUACGAAUGCACUGCCGUACAAUGCGAACGGGUAAGCAUACUCGAAGACAGUGCGCAAACAUUUACUCCUUCUACACGAAACGAUGAUACGAUGACAGAAACUGUGCCAUGCAGUCAAAGUACGGUGCAAACAGAAUGUGUUGCAACGCAAGAUCAAGAACUACAAUCACAUUUAGCCGACUAUGUAGAAUCUGAAGCUCAAACAGAUCCAUAUCAAGGUCCACCCAGAUCGGCAUGUACCUGUACCGCGGUACAAACAGAGAAGCGGAAAUAUCGCGUGCGGAAUUCGUCACUUACGCGGCUGGAAAGGCGUAAAUCUGCGUCUGCCAGUUUUAGUGUAUGGAAAGAUCCGCUUGUUGAGGAGUUGGAUGAGUCGAGUGACUCGGCAGAAAGUUUAGAUUGGAACCCACGAGAUGGUUUACAUGCGGAAAAGCAGCGAUCAGUUAGAGAUCUGAAAAAGUUUUGGGAUGUUAAGAGCACAGCAUCGUCAAUAUCAAAUCCUGAGCGAGGUGGAUAUUAUUGA